AUGCUACGCACAGUAUCGCGCUCCAUCGCGCGCCAGAGCCGAUCGUCGAGGAUAGCAAGCCGAACACCACAACUCCUACGCCCACUUUCCACCACGGCAAUUCGCAUGUCGAGCUCGACACUCAAGAAUGUAGACCCUCCCGUAUCGUCAGCGCUCCCUGGCGAUUCCUUCCAGCUGCUCCCCGAAGCUUCGAAAGCGGGCCAGGCGGAGGAUGCGCUCUUCGAGGAGCAGGUACAAGCCGUCAGGGACUGGUGGGCGUCACCGCGGUAUAAGGGCAUCAAGCGCCCCUACUCUGCGGAAGAUGUCGUGAGCAAGCGGGGGGCGCUCCAGCAGUCAUAUUCCAGCUCGUUAAUGGCACGGAAGCUAUUCAACCUUCUUGAAGAGAGGGCAGCCAAGGGCGAACCAGUACACACCAUGGGCGCGAUUGACCCCAUCCAAAUGUCUCAACAAGCUGCAAACCAAGAAGUCCUCUACGUUUCCGGAUGGGCAUGCUCCUCCGUCUUGACCUCCACGAACGAAGUCUCCGCCGAUUUUGGCGACUACCCAUAUAAUACCGUACCGAACCAAGUCCAGCGGCUGUUCAAGGCUCAGCAACUACACGACCGCAAGAACUGGGAUGCAAGGAGGAAGAUGAGUGCGGACGAGCGCGCAAAGACACCUUACUUGGACUACAUGAGGCCAAUCAUUGCUGAUGGUGACACUGGUCACGGGGGUCUGUCUGCAGUCAUCAAGCUGGCAAAGCUGUUCGCUGAGAACGGAGCCGCAGGUGUUCAUUUCGAAGAUCAACUCCACGGCGGAAAGAAAUGCGGACAUCUUGCAGGCAAGGUGCUCGUACCGGUCGGCGACCACAUCAACCGCCUGGUAGCCGCACGAUUUCAAUGGGAUAUGAUGGGCUGCGAGAACCUUGUCAUUGCGCGCACUGAUUCGGAGAGCGGCAAGCUCAUCUCCAGUGCGGUCGAUGUGCGAGAUCACGAGUUCAUCAAGGGCGUCACAGAAGACUCCGAGCCCCUGGCCGAAACACUGCAGAACAUGGAGGCAGCUGGCGCACCAGGCAAAGAAAUCGACCAAUACGAGGCUGCGUGGGUGAAGAAACACAAGCUUGUAACCUUCGACGAGGCUGUGGUUCAGCACCUCGAGAAAGAGAGUGCAUCUCAAUCAACCAUCGAUUCAUACCUCAAUGAGACCAAGCAGAACCCGGACUACUCUCUUCUCAAACGCCGGAAAGUCGCAGAGAAGUACACCAAAACGCCCGUGUAUUUCAACUGGGAUAUCCCCCGUACACGUGAGGGUUUCUACCACUACAAAGCCGGCGUCGCUGCCGCGACCAAACGCGGUAAAGAAUACGCUCCGUACGCAGAUCUUCUCUGGGUCGAGACGGGCGAUCCGAAUGUGCAAGAAGCAGCCAAGUUCGCCGGCGAGAUUCGCGCCGUUCACCCCGACAAGAAGUUCGUGUACAACCUCUCCCCCAGCUUCAACUGGAUGGGCCAAGGCUUCUCCGAAGAAGCGCUCAAGUCAUUUGUGUGGGAUCUGGCGAAACACGGAUUCGUCUUCCAGCUCAUCUCGCUUGCCGGAGUACACUCCACUGCCACGAUUACCUGCGAAUUAAGCAGGGCAUUCAAGGAUGAGGGUAUGCUUGCGUACGUCAAGCUGGUACAAGCAAGGGAGAAGGAGCUGGGUUGCGAUGUGCUCACACACCAGAAAUGGUCUGGCGCAGGCUACAUUGAUGGCAUUUUGGGAGCGAUCCAGAGUGGCAGCUCGGGCAGCAAGAGUAUGGGCGAGGGAAACACUGAGACGGGUUUCUAG